AGUCAUUAAACCGUUAAUCGCCGAAGAAACUGAAAAUAGUAUGGAUUGGCCUGCCUGCAGUGCCGAUAUCAGAUGAGAAAAUUACAUUUUUGACGUUUUCUUUUUUCUUUUUGAGGUUUGGUCCUCCCGCGAAAAUCAUGGUACACGUGAAUAAUUUUUUAGUACUCUCCGUUGUAUUUUUGGGUGUUAAAUUUUGCAUAUCCUGCGAAAACGGACAAACCAAACAGGGAUGUCUAAUCAGGAACCUGGUGUGUUCCUGUGGGAUAGGAUGCGUUUCCGACUACAGAUAUGAUACGAUCCACGAAUGCCAGAACGCACUUAGAGGUAAAAAGAAGGACAUCUGCAAACUGAACAACCCCUGUCAACACGGAGGCACCUGCAUACAAAUUUCCCAGCAGCCUGGUUACAAAUGUAGAUGCGAGGGCACCGGCUAUUUUGGAAUGAGAUGCAACAGAGCAUGCCCGGUGCCGGGAGCUGGCAGGAUAGGCGACAUCUUCCCUUACGAGUGCAUCGUAAUAUGAUACCGGCCCCGUUGUUCUCCAUUAUGUUUUACAAUAAAACACAGUCUUACAUAAUGGUUUCACUUUAUUCCUUUUAAAAUUAAAACAACGUUUACAAAUAGGGCGAUAAUCCACAUUCAUUAAUUUGUAUGUAGUUUUCCUUUGUUAUCCUUAAAUGAAAAAAAAAAAACUGCAUCACAGUACCCACACCCAGCGAUCGCUCUGCUAUUCUCACCCCACCAUACGAUUUGUUUAAAAAUUCAAUUAACCGAUAAAUAAAUAAGUCGGCCAAGGCUCGAUAGAAAAACGACUAUACUAUCACAGUGGGGGUCCAACAAUAUACAAAAAAAAAGAACGGCAUUUUUAAUUUUUUAGGCCACUUUAAGCUAUCGUCACCGCCAACGAAUGGCGACACAAUUCCGAAACCUCUUCGUUUUAGAAAAUCCUUACCUCUACGAACAUUAGAAUAUUCAAUUUUAUAGCACACGUUUGCGGGCAAAGUUUUGCCGUUAAUCAUUGGACAUAGUCCCUUAAAAACGCGACAUAUACAGAACGGUCAUUUUUUUUAUUUAUUGCAAAAAAUCGCAUUUUUUUUUAUUCGAAGUAAUUAACAUUUUCAUCCGAUUUUCGCCCCAAUAAAAAUGUAUUU